GCCUUUUGACAAUCUCUUAUGAACCAAUAUAAGGCAAGUCAUAGCUAGUUUUUGUCAAUUAAUGUUGAGUAAGUAGUGUUUACAUAUAUGUUUAAGCCAGAGAUAAAUUUUGAAGUUCCCCUGCUUCCUAUUGUUGGGGAUGGCUUCUGUUUUCCUUAUCUUGUGAACUUAACUGUGAAGAAGAAGAUCCUUGGACUCUCACAACUAAAUAUCGAUGUCUUGGAUGAUACUGGAAUCUCUCUUCUCCAAGGUGAUGGAAAAGUUUGGCAUCUCAGAAAGAAGAAAAGAAUCAUUGCUCAUCCUGAUGGUUUACCUCUCCUUACUCUGCGCGAAAAGACACUUUCAUGGCGUAAUACGUGGAAAGUUUAUCGUGCUGAGAGUUCAGACAUAAAUGAUCUGCUAUACACAAUUAAAAGAUCAAGCACAUUUCAAAUGAAAAUGCAACUUGAUGUGUUCUUGGCUAGCAAUAUCAAUGGAGAGAUAUGUGAUUUCCAAGUAAAGGGAUCUUUCACCAAUCAAUCUUUCAAAGUUUAUAAAGGGGAUACUUUGAUUGCUGAGGUCAAAGAGAGAUUCAAACUUGGAAGUUUCUUCAAAGGAAGAGAAAAUUUUGAAGUAAGAGUUUAUCCUGGUGUGGAUUAUGCGUUUAUCGUCUCAAUAUUGAUAGUAUAUAAUGAAAUAUACGGGGAAUCAUAGAUACACUAUGUCAAUUGUCAGGUUUCUUGGCCUCUUUUCACUUUAAUGUAUGUACAAGUGUGUAAAAACUCACAUCAUAUACUUAUAAAGGGAGUAAUUUAGCCUUUUAUGAUGUUAAUAAAUAAAUAGGCAGGCUUUUCUUAUUGGGAUUCUACUUAAUUUGGUUGAACAAGAUGAGUUCAUCCAAUUGUGAGUUCUUCUUUCUUCCUUAUCAUAAGUUAGGCAGUCAUUGAUCAUCUUCAAGCUCUGGUAUACUAAGAGAUAUUAAGAAUUAAGAUAUCCAGGACAAGAGAGGAGUGGUCUCGAUAGAGGACAAGAUGCGGGAAACGAGAUUGAGAUGGUUUAAGCAUGUGCAGAGGAUAUGCACGGAUACUCUUGUGCAAAGGUGUGUGAGGGCUGACUAUGGAUUGUUUCAACAGAAGUACAGGUAGGCCGAAGAAGUAAAUGAGAGAGGUGAUUAAAUAUGACAUGAUGCAGCUUCAACUAGCUGAUGACAUGACCGUAGACAAGAGGUCACGGAGAACACAUAUUAAAGUAGGAAGUUUGAUAGUUUAGUGCUGUCUCGCUUAUUAUUCUUUACUAUUAGCUAGCCGUCUUAUUAGUUGUAUAUUCUUGAAGUUUCUUGUCCUUUGAGUUUGGUUAUUAUUUGUGGGUUUCUUACACUUCGAUUAUCAUUGUAUCUUGUUAUGACUACUACGAUUUAGAAUGAUUUGUCAAGUUGUCUAUAGUAUAUAUUUGUCA